AUGGGGAUCGGUGUUGGAAUUGGGAAGUGGGAGGUGUUCCCGGGCCGCAACCGCUUCUUCUGCGGCGGCCGCCUCAUGCUGGCGCGGCACAGCGGCGUCUUCGUCCUCACCCUCGGCCUCAUCCUGGUCACCAGCGGCCUCUUCUUCGCCUUCGACUGCCCAUUCCUUGCCACUCACCUGACCUUGGCCAUCCCCAUCAUCGCCGCCGUCCUCUUCUUCUUUGUCAUCAGCUGCCUGCUCCAGACAAGCUUCAGAGACCCAGGAAUCCUGCCCAGAGCCACCCCAAGUGAGGCAGCAGACCUGGAAAAACGGAUUGACAGCAUGGGGACCUCCACCUACCGCCCUCCCGCCCGCACCAUGGAGGUGGUGAUCAACAAGUACGUGGUGAAGCUCAAGUACUGCUACACCUGCAAGAUGUUCCGCCCCCCGCGCACCUCCCACUGCAGCGUCUGCGACAACUGCGUCGGUUGUGAGAGGAAAGGUUUGACCCUUGAUGAGAAAAAAGACCAUGUGAGCAGGCAGCAAUGCUCCACUGAAACUUUGUGCCUACGUGCUGCUGCGGAGAGGUUGCGGUCUCCGGAUGAGAGAUUCGAUCACCACUGCCCCUGGGUGGGGAACUGUGUGGGGAAGCGCAACUAUCGCUUCUUCUACGCCUUCAUCCUCUCCCUCUCCUUCCUGACCGCCUUCAUCUUCGCCUGUGUCGUCACCCACCUCACCCUGCGCUCCCAGAGGGAUGGAUUCCUGGCCACUCUGAAGACGACACCCGCGAGUGUGCUGGAGCUGGUGAUCUGUUUUUUCUCAGUCUGGUCUAUUUUGGGCCUCUCAGGUUUUCACACUUAUUUAGUCGCCUCCAACCUGACGACGAAUGAAGAUAUCAAAGGGUCCUGGUCAAAUAAGAGGGGCUCAGAGUUUGCCAAUCCCUACAGCCAUAAAAGUAUCCUCACAAACUGCUGUGCGGUGCUGUGUGGACCAUUCCAUCCCAGUUUGAUAGACAGAAGAGGAUUUAUCCAGCCAGAUAUUGGGACCCCGUCCAGCCCUAAGAGCGAAAUCCCUUCCUUUGGAGCCAAAACUGACACCAGCAUGGAGGAUGCCUGCCAGGACUUUGCCAUUUCCUGCACAGCCUGACGGGAUUUGCCCCUCCUCGGACCUUAGCCCUGAUUUCUGAGGGUUGGCUGCACCAAAAGCCCUGGCAGCCCGCAGCCCUCUGCCUCCCGUGGCGCAUCCCGCGGGAAGCUGAGCCCAGAGCCAUGACCACCACCACGAGUGCCUCCGCUCGCCAGGGCUGCGCGGCCGCGCCUCCCUCCCCUCCCGCCGCGAGACAGAGGGGAGGGGAAAGCGGCCGUGCACAAGGAAAAGCUUUUCCAACCCCGCUCCGGGGGCCGGGACGGCCGUCCCGCGGGUUCGGAGCUCAAAGCCAUACAGCCGUCCCACCCGAGUGCAAUAACUGGAGUUCCUGCUGUCUCCUGCCGCCGGUGGCUCCCCCGUGACCACCAGUGUGACCCUCAGUGACGGUGUCUCCCUGCUGUAGAUGCUGGAAGGUCGUGGUUGGCACCCCAGUGGGCUUUUGGAACGAGCAGGUUCGCACCAGAACGUUUACAGCCGAGCCAGUGGCAUCACACACCCAACCCCACCAGCCCCUCCGUCUGUCAGAGGAUUCUCCUCUCCAGACAGGAGUUAGUACAUGGUCAGUUUGCCCUUGCAACCCCCCUGGCCAGCUCCCACUUUCCAGUCUCAUCUUAGCCCAGCUCUAGUUUUAGGGGAAGGGGUUCCAGCCCCUCAGCACCUUGAGCAGCCUCCCCUGCUCCGGAGGCUGCGGCUCCGGCCGGGCUGGGAGCUGAGCGGAGCAGCCAGGCCUGCCCCCAGCCCUGUAGGACUCACCAUCUAUUUAUGCCUUUGACUUUUGUAACAAAAAUAAAAGUUUCUCCUAUUUACUGUA